UGCUGAGUAUUGUGGUUGGAGCCCUGGGGCGGAUGCGGAGGCAGGUCUCCGCCCCGGAGCCCGUGCAGUCAUGAGAAGAAAGCGCAUAGCUCUGAGUCUGCAAAGAGUAUAUUUCACUAACCAAAGCUGGAAAUCCAAUAACUCCUCCUAUUAUUAAUAAUUAUUCGCUCGGAAGCUGGUCCAAGAUUCAGGAACAUUUUGUGCCAGUGUGAAUUAUAUAUAUAUAUAGAAAGAGAGAGAGAGAGAGAGAGAGAGCAAGCAGGAUAGUAAGGCCCAAACGCAGCUUCCAGAGAUAGAAACUUUCUGUGCAUAAAAAAAUUUUGCCUGGAUGUCCUCUGUAUGUGUUGGAAAUACAAUUGCUAGGUUUUCUUAUAGUUGCAUUGCCUUUAUACAUCUGGAGAUAGCAAGCUUGAGAAGGCAGGGUUUUUAUUAGAUAUUCUCUUGCCUGGCAUCCUUAUUUGUGAUGCAGAGUAUAUUUUGAAGGCUCUAGAGCUGUAAAGAUUCCAGAGUGGGAUACAAGACAGAAUGGCUGAAGCUGUCCAUUAUAUUCAUUUGCAGAACUUCAGCAAGUCUCUUCUGGAGACCCUGAAUGGACAACGUCUAGGUGGUCAUUUCUGUGAUGUGACAGUGCAUAUCCAGGAGGCCACCCUGCGGGCUCACCGUUGUGUACUGGCUGCUGGCAGCCCCUUUUUCCAUGAUAAACUGUUGUUGGGCUACUCAGAGAUUGAGGUACCCCCUGUUGUCCCCAGCCAGGUAGUGCGUCAGCUGGUGGAGUUUAUGUAUAGUGGCUCUCUGGUCGUAGCCCAGUCUGAAGCUCUGCAGAUCCUCACCGCUGCUUCCAUCUUGCAAAUCAAGACUGUCAUUGACGAAUGCACCCAGAUCAUCUCUCAGAAUCGCAGCCCGAAACCCCCCACUGUUGCUCCAGCGGUACCCCUAUCUCUUCCCAGAGUUCUGCCCGGCAAGCCCCAGGAGCAACAAUCCAAAGAGGUCAUUGGCAGCCUCUCACGACCAGGUGACCUUGACACUGCCCACCUUGAACCCCCAAAGCUGCUUUGUGCCUCAGAGGUGCGUUAUAAAUUGCGAGACUUGCUGUCCUCCCAGCACAGAGAAGCUAGGACAGCUGCCUGUGAAGGGUCCAUAAGUGAAGGAGAUGCAGGAGGUUCCUACCUGCACUCCACUGAAUCUGCCCCCAGUUGCCAUAGCCGCAAGCAGCGCCAGCCAGUGAGGCUUCAGCUGUCUGAGACAAUGCCAGUGAUCAUCAAAGAUGAAGAAGAAGGCGGUGGGGAAGGCCCAGAGGGGUCGGAGGCAGAAAGAGAGGCCAAACUGAGCUGCUUUGCUGAAUGCAGUGGGAGUGGCCCCUUUACUGCUGAUUUUGGUGACCAGGCAAAGGAUUCUGGGGGUAGCAGUGGAGCAGACCGGAAGGAGAGCCUCCACUUGGAUUAUGCCACCCCGGAAGGUCAGGAUUUCUUUGGAAAUCAGGAUGUCUUUUCCGAGUCCUUCAUCCCAUCCUGGCAGGGAGAAGAAAGUGGAGAAGAGGCUACAGUUUCCACCUCUCGAGAUAGAGAUAAAUUCCAUCCUGAUUGCAAUGUAGAGGCUUCCAAUCUAAGGAACUUAACAGGAGAAUUCAAGCAAGACCUAAGUGGCUCCACCUCUGGGUUUCCACCCCGGAGCAGCAGUGGUGGGGCUGAGGGCUUGACCUUUGUCUCCUCCCUAGGCAUCCAGCGGGAGCUCAAGGCAGAAGUCACUAAUACCAGCACAGUCACCAGUAAUACCAGCAUCUUCCAGUUCCACUUACCUCAGCCUGGUGGCGUAGCCCAGACCUUCUACAGCAUUCAGCAGCAGCAGCAGCAGCAGCAGGAGUCAGGUGCCAGCAAUAUGGUGCAGCUCAGCCCCAACACAAUGGUUACCGGUGCUCUUCAUGGUGGGGAGCAGCAGAGCCAACAGCCUGGAACCUCCCGCUGCUUGGAACCUUCCUAUCAAUGUAGCCACUGCCAGAAAACGUUCAGCUCUCGGAAGAACUACACCAAGCACAUGUUCAUCCAUUCUGGUGAGAAGCCCCAUCAGUGCAGCAUUUGCUGGCGUUCCUUCUCACUGCGGGACUAUCUGCUCAAGCACAUGGUGACCCACACUGGUGUGCGUGCCUUCCAGUGCUCCAUCUGCUGCAAGCGCUUCACCCAGAAGAGCUCCCUCAACGUGCACAUGCGCACCCACCGCCCUGAACGCUUCCAGUGCUGCAUCUGCAACAAAUACUUCUCCCACCGUACUCUGUUGGAGCGUCACAUGACCACUCACACUGCCUGGAAAGGGGGCCCAUCAGAUGCCCCCGGGGCUCUUGUCACAUCCUCCUCCCCAGCUGACUGGAAGGAGAAACCAAAUGUUGCCACCACGGCUGCUCCUGCUGCUGAGGCAAGCAUCAUUCCUGCUCCUGUGGCUUGGAAAGCAGGGGAGCCGACUGCUGAGAGCACCAUCAGUGGUUGGAAGACAGGAGAUCCGAGCCAGGCAGAAAGUCGUCUGGUAACCUGGAAGGGAGAAGCUACUGGGGAAAAUUCAGUUACGGCCUGGAAAGGAGAUCCUACUUCGGAAACCUCCAUGCAGCCUCAUACUGUCUAGAACAUAUGGGCCUUUUUUGCUGCUUGAUCCAACCCUUGUGGUUUAUGGAGAUAGAUGGCAUCAAGGCUUACUUUGAGUCCUUUAAUCUGGAAAAAUAUCUGAUGUGGUAUGUUGCAAACUAGAAAGGCAAAGUCUUCAGGGCUACCACUGUAGAUUCUACAAGGGAUAGUGCUACCACGGGCAGACCAUGCACUCUGCUGUAGGACACAGAUGGAGACUGUGUCCAAUGGCUGUCUCUUAGUCUGCCUGUAGUGCAAUAGUAUAGCAUAUGCUUUGCAUGCUGGGAGUCAUAAGUUGAAUCCCUGAUCUUAUCAGUUAAAUGACAUGUUAGCAGGACUGGGAAUGUCCUUUGACUGGAAUUCAAAACAGGAUUUUCCAAAAAGAGUGGAUCACAUUAAUCUUAUUGGACCAAUAGACUGACCUACACUAAGGCAAUGUAAUACUGGAUUUCCCAGAAAAUAAGACCAGAUCGUAUUUUCUUUUGACCCCUGAAAUAAGCACUUGGCCUUAUUUUGGGGAGGUUUAUUUUUUUUUGAGGUGGACAAUGCGGCAAGCGCGAUCACCUCAUGGCUGCUCAGCCCCUUAACCGCCGUUUGCAGAUCAGCUGAUCCAGUGAGGGCCAGAAAUUCUGUCUCUUGCCAGCCCUAGCCCUGUCGACCUGAGACUGGGGGGGAGGGAGGCCAGAGUUCCGAAUAGUGGCCAGUGUAGGCUCUGUCUGCACAGCCAUGAAGGGGAUCUGCAUGGCCAGUUCUUGCCCACAGCAUUGCCAGCCAGGAUAGGUUCAGAGCUGCUGCUGGCCGAGAUCAACAGAUUUGAUCUCGGCCAGCAGAUUUGGUGAGCCAGACGCACUGCCGCCCCCUGGGAGGACAAGAGGGAGAGGAGGCGCUGCGAGAGAGCCCAUUUCUCAUGUUCUUCUCCUUCCGGGUGGUGGCAGUGCGUCCGGCUCACCGAAUCUGGCCUGCUGAUCUCAGGCAGCAGCAGCAGCCUGGGACUCAUGUCCCAGUGCCAAUCCCCAUGUCAUCUGCCCCGCAUAUUUGUUCAGUAGGGAUUUGGGGACUAGCCGGGCUAGCUGAGUGUGCACAAAAUGCGGAGCUGGAGACUGGGGCUUGGGGGCGGGGGGUCGAGCCCAGCUGGCUUCACAUGGGAGAAGAGUGGCGAGGGAGCCCAUUUCUCGCGUUGGGUCAGGUGGUGUUCGCCCACACAGAGGCCGGGCAUCUGUGUGUGUGUGAGAAAGAGAGAGAGAAAAAGAAAGACACGGUGGAAAGGAAACCCUUUCAAACAGCAUUGCCUGCAAUUCUCUUUCUCUGUCAUUUAUCACACACACACAGACAUUUGAUUGCUUGAAAGGGACAGGCUGUGCUUUGCUUGUACCAUAAGCACUUGCUUUAAGCAUGUGCUUCCCAUAAUCUUGCCUGCCUUUUUGUCCAUUUUUCAAGCAGCAGCAGCCGGGUAGUGGGGGGCGGCGAUUCCAACAGACCACAUGGCUUUCUGCCUCAUCAUGCAGCAGCCUGAGGAACACCGGAGCUGCAGGUCUGGCGGAGUGCAAACCGUGCUUGCUGCCUGCUUCAUAGCCACAAGGUGAGCUGCAGAAGAGAGGAGCUCUUGGCUGUAAGGUUGCCUGGUGCUGUGGGGAGGGCUAGGGCUGGCAACUGCCAGAAAAAUCUCCAGGCACCAGGAGAGACAGACCUACCAGCCCUCGCUGGAUCAGCUGAUCCGCGGGCCGCAGUUAAGGGGCUAAGCAGCCAUGAAGUGACCAGGGAAGGGAAGAGCUGCCUCCUGUGCUGGCCAUGCCCACCCCCUUCAUUAGGGCUUACUUUUGGGGUAGGGUGUAUAUUAGGCUUACCCCAGUGGUGCUAUUUAGCCAGUUCUAUCCAGUUGGGGCGAACCGGUAGCGGCAGCUGUGGGAAGCUCCGCCCACCCACCCAGACAUCAUCACGUCCCGUUUUUUACGCUCUGUGUAUGUGCUCCCAUUUGCUAACUGGUAGCUAAGGUAAGUGAAUACCACCCCUGGCUUACCCCCCAAAAAUCGAGCUAGACCUUACUUUUUGAAUAGGUCGUAUUUUCAGGGAAAUGUAGCUUAAUGCUGGGAAAUGGUGGCUGAAUCUUUAAAUACAUGACAAUAAAUCACUUGAGUAACAGGUGCUGGGGUGGGAUAUAAUCUCCCAAAAAUAUCUGGCGACAUACAGGACACUACAUGAAUACUUGCCUUGUUCCAACAAGGCAGUUCAUAGAUAAGACUGCAGCAACAAAUAUGAAGCACAAUAUUGUGGGGUCCUUGGUGCUCUCUGAGUAGGGCAAGAAAACAGUCAAGCUAAGAGAGCACCAAGGACCCCUCCCCCUUCAACCCUGACGUACAGAUAUUCUGUUGUAUUGGAAGCACAAUAUUCUCUGUCUGCAGCUAAUAUAUUACUGACUUAUAUUUUUAAGACAGUUUGCUUUUAUUUUGUUGAGAAAGUUACCAACACCUUUCCAUUUUGUUUUCUUUUUCUAUCUAGGAAUAAAGCAGUGUCUGAAUCUGUCUGAAUUUUAGAGUAGUAAGACUGUGAUGAAAUUGCUGUAGAUGGAGUCUUAAAACAGUGGCUUUUUUGAGCCCACAUUCUAGUAGUUCUCGAUUUACAAUCAUUCACAUAGUGACCUUUAAAGUUACAACAGCACUGAAAAAAGUGACUUAUGAUCUUUUUUCACGCUUAGGACUGUUGUAGCAUUCCCAUAUUCAUGUGAUCAAAAUUUGGACAUUUGGCUUGGGGUCAAAGACUGGCAUCUUUUUAUAACAUUCAUAGUGAUUCAUGUGUAAUCUACUGACAAAGUCAAAUGAGAAUGCCAGAUUCAUUUACUAACUGUAUUACUAACUUAACAACUGCAGUGAGAUUCACUUAACAACUGUGGCAAGAGAGGUUAUAAAAUGGGACUAAACUCUUAAUAACUCUCUUGCUUAGCCACAGAAAUUUUGGGCUCAAUUGUGGUGGUAAGUUGAGGACUAAUCUCUACAGCAUGGAAAAGCAUGAAAAAAAUAUUAUAUUUUCACUUAAUGGGAUAUCAAAGAGCAGAGGUUGGGAAAUCUGCACCUGAAAUCCUGGAAGGCAGUGAUAAGAUAUGAUAUUUGGACUACAUCAAUGAUAGAAGUUCUGUAACCAUAUAUAUGUUAAACUGCAGGCCUCAAUAUACCUCACAGCUCAUGUUGCUGGCAAUUCAGUGACAUUGGGCAGAUCACAAACAUCUUAUAUGUUAAUUGACAUUAAGUAGUGUCUUAUGUUUGCAUGUCUGUAGAAUCAAAACUUGCUUACUUGACAGGAGACUCAAAGAGCUUCUUUUUAGGGAAUCAGUCCUGCCAUGCAGAUGGAAAAAUGCAACCUAUUGUUUCCAAAUGAAUAGUGAUUGGGUUCUGCCAGUCAUAUCACCAUCUGCUUGCCCUUCUUUGGUUCCUGACAGAGAGAGGUUGGUGGGUGGGUGGUUUGUUUUUUUAAAUUUCAGAUUCAAUGCUAGUUAUAGAAGCAAUGGAUUGAGCAGGCAGAGAAGAAUGUGCCCUUGGCUUCAUACUCAACAAAUAGAGAUAUCUUGAUUUUGUUUAGGUAAUUAUAAUAGUAAAAUAAAACAAACACAUUUGAGUAUCUGCUCCAUUACCAGAAGAUUUAUAUGUCAGGAAGUAUGUCAAUAAUAAAAUGUUACUGGAACAGAAAGUAAUAUUUUGCAGACCAUCCAUCCCCUACAUUGCAGUCCAAGAUCCUUCACCCAUCAGCCAAGUCCAUUAAAAAUAUCUUGGUUCACACAUCCCACUAACCAUAGCUUGUUACAUCUCUGUUUUGUUGAUCAAACAGGGAAGCAACAUAAUCAUAGUUUUUUUUUUUUUUUAACCAACUUCUGAUGUAUUUACUUAUAGCUCCCUGGGCUUUGCAAUUCUGGUUUUUGGCACAUAGACAAACUCACGAAAGAACAAAUAAGCUAUAUGGUUUCAUUUCAUAUAUUGCACAGAACGGUGGUUGCAGUCAAUAUAGCUGAAAUGUAUUAUUUCCAAUUGUGAUUUACCAUCAUCAUAUAACCUCUGGUCCAUUUCAAAUCUUGGAUGAAAGCCAAUCCCAGCCUGUGUGUACUUAUGGAUUUUAGUGGCAUGUUACAGUAGUGAUGACCAGUUGCUCAGAUGGCUUUAAAAGGCAAUUGAAUGAAUGCAUGAAGCAGGGUUUCUAAGCUUUUUGGACAUUGGAGAGCCAGUUUGGGGUAUGGAUUGAGAUGCUGGCCUAAAAACCAGGGGACUUUGAAUUCUAGUCCUGCUUUAGUCAUGAAAGUGGGCUGGGUGUUUUUGGACAGUCACCCUCUCAGCCCAACCCAUCCACUUCACAGGUAGUUGUGGGCAAAAUAGAAGGAAGGAGAAUUAUGUAUAUUUGCUGCCUUAAAUUACUUAUGAAGUAAGAGAUCUUGCCCCUGACCCAGGGAUGAAAUUCAGCAGGUUCUGACAGGUUCUGGAGAACUGGUAGUAGAAAUUUUGAGCAGUUCAGAGAACCAGUAGAGAAAUUUUGAGUAGUUUGGAGAACCGGCAAAUACCACUUCUGGCUGGCCCCAAAGUGGGUGGGAAUGGAGACUUUGCAAUAUCCUUCCCCCAGGAGUGGGGAGGGAAUGGGGAUUUUGAAGUAUACUUCCCCUGGAGUGGGGAAGAAAUGGGGAUUUUGGAAUAACCUUCCCCUGCCACGCCCAUCUAGUCACGGCCACAGAACCGGUAGUAAAAAAUUUGGAUUUCACCACUACAUUGUGGGGUGUGAUAGAGUUCAGUAUUUUCUCCACUCCUAAUUAAUUUUUGGAUACGGUCAUCUACAGCCAUAGCUAUUAUCAGUAUGCUGAUGGUACCUAGCUGUAUAUCUCCGUCUUUUGGUAAAGUAAGUGACAUGUUGAUGUCCUGUCUCAUUGCCUGGAGUCUGUUGAUAUCUGGAUGGAGAACAAAGGGCUUCAGCUUCACUGGCAAGAUUUAGUGGUGCUCUGGGUGAAGGAGCACUGCUCCAGGCAGACCCAGUGCAUGAUAUGGGGGUCCUUCUGAACUUAUGACUCCUGCUUGAUGAGCAGAUGGCAUUUGUGACUUAAACUUGUGUGCCAAUUUUGCUCAUUCUGGCUCAUACGGUUCUAGUUCAUGCCUGAUCACCUCUUUCAUGGAUUACUGUAAUGUGCUUUACAAAGACUACCCUUGAAGGGUACAAAAUGUGGAGGCAUGGGCAUUUAUGUGCUUAUCUAGAUCAGUGCGUGUUACACUUCAGCUCUACAAGCUACAUUAAUUAUCAGUUUGCUUCUGGGUUCAAUUAAAGAUGUGGAUAAUAUUCAGCAUGGGCACCUAGUUACUUAAGCAUCUCCUCUCCCCGGUUAUAUCUGCCCAUCCCAUCAGGUCUUUCAGGAAGAGCAUGUGGGGCUCCCAUUCACAAAGGAAUGCCAGUAGGCCUCAAUUCAUGUUCUCAUGCCUCAGCAAUGCACAAUGAUUUGCUUUGAAAGGUGUACUAAUUAUAAAGAGGAGGAGCCACAAUGGCAACUGUCCAAGUCUUGAAGGCCAACUGCCUCUGGGGUCUCCAGGGAUACACCUGAUUUGUCUGAUGCUGUCAACAGAAAGUGUUAACUUUUUAACAGCAUCCAAGUUUAGUUAAUUAGUCAACUGCUACUUAAGUAGGAGGGGAAGCAUGUACGAAAAGUCCUCCCUUGGAGCUUAUUUACACUCCAUGCUAAGAAAUAUCUGGAGAUUUUUUUUAAUUAAUCCCCAAGCAAGCGGUAGCAAUUAGUGCUCACCAUCCUCAAUUCUCUGCAUGAUCAUUUACCUUUUGGGAACAUCCUUAGGGAGGCUGGUAGAAAGAAAAAAGGCCAUAAAACUGCAGCCUAGCCAUCUCUCAAGUGUGGUUUUGCAGGGAUAGCAUUGGGACAAGCAACAAUCUUUUAUGUACACUGAGAGCAUAUGCACCAAGACAAAUUCCUUGUGUGUCCAAUCACACUUGGCUAAUAAAAAAAUCUAUUCUAUUCUAUUCAAUAAGCGAUUUGCAAAAGGAUAACAGAAAACCUUCCAGAUUGUGUUCACAUGAUGUAGUUGCCUAUACUUCACUAUUCAAUAGCCCAAUUCUGUAUAACAGACAUGGUUGACCUGACACACUAAUUUUUUGUUGUUGUUAGUUGCGAAGUCAUAUCCGACCCAUCGCGACCUCAUGGACAACAUUCCUCCAGGCCUUCCUGUCCUUUACCAUCCUCUGGAGUCCAUUUAAGCUCAUGCCUGCUGCUUCAGUGACUCCAUCCAGCCACCUCAUUCUCUGUCAUCCUCUUCUUUUGUCCUCAAUCUUUCCCAGCAUUAAGCUCUUCUUCAGUGAGUCCUUCCUUCUCAUUAAGUGGCCAAAAUAUUUGAGUUUCAUCUUCAGGAUCUGGCCUUCUAAAGAGCAGUCAGGGUUGAUCUCCUUUAGGACUGACCGGUUUGAUCACCUUGCAGUCCAAGGGACUUGCAGGAGUCUUCUCCAGCACCAUAGUUCAAAGGUCUCAAUUCUUUGGUGCUCAGCCUUUCUUAUGGUCCAACUUUCACAGCCAUACAUUGCAACUGGGAAAACCAUAGCCUUGACUAUACACACUUUUGUUGGCAGGGUGAUAUCUCUGCUUUUUAGAAUGCUGUCUAGAUUUGCCAUAGCUUUCCUCCCCAGGAGCAAGUGUCUUAAUUUCUUUGCUGCAGUCCCCAUUUGUGGUGAUCUUGGAGCCCAGGAAAAUAAAAUCUGCCACUACUUCCAUUUCUUCCCCAUCUAUUUGCCAGGAAUUGAGAGGGCCUGAUGCUAUGAUCUUAGUUUUCUUAAUUUUGAGUUUCAAGCCAGCUUUUGCACUUUCCUUCUUCACCUGCAUCAAGAGGCUCUUUAGUUCCUCUUCACUUUCUGCCAUUAGAGUGGUAUCUGCAUAUCUGAGGAUGUUGAUAUUUCUCCCGGCAAUCUUAAUUCCAGUUUUUGAUUCAUCUAGCUCUGCCUUUCUCAUCAUGUGCUCUGCAUAUAAGUUAAAUAGGCAGGGCGACAGUAUACAGCCUUGCCGGACUUCUUUCCCAAUUUUGAACCAAUCAGUGGUUCCAUGUCCAGUUCUCAUUGUUGCUUCUUGACCCGCAUAUAGGUUUCUCAAGAGACAAAUAAGAUGGUCUGGUGCUCCCAUCUCUUUAAGAACUUGCCACAAUUUAUUGUGAUCCACACAAUCAAAGGCUUUAGCUUAGUCAAUGAAGCAGAAGUAGAUGUUUUUCUGGAACUCCCUAGCUUUCUCCAUGAUCCAGUGUAUGUUGGCAAUUUGAUCUCUAGUUCCUCUGCCUCUUCAGAAUCCUGCCUGUACUUCUGGUAGUUCUCGAUCCACAUACUGCUGGAGUCUAGCUUUUAGGAUUUUAAGAAUAACCUUACUAGCAUGUGAAAUGAGUGCAAUGGUGCAAUAUUUUGAACAUUCUUUGGCAUUGCCUUUCUUUGGAAUUGGAAUGUAAACUGACCUUUUCCAAUCCUAUGGCCACUGUUGAGUUUUCCAAAUUUGCUGGCAAAUUGAGUGUAGCACUUUUACUGCAUCAUCUUUCAAGAUUUUGAAUAGCUCAGCUGGAAUACUGUCAUCUCCACUAGCUUUGUUGUUGCUCAGAUUUCCUAAGGCCCAUUUGACUUCACAUUCUAGGAUGUCUGGUUCGAGGUCAGUGACCACCCCAUUGUGAUUAUCAGGGAUGUUAAGCUCGUUCUUGUAUAGUUCUUCUGUGUAAUUUUGCCACCUCUUUUUAAUGUCUUCUGCCUCUGUUAGGUCCCUGCCAUUUUGGUCCUUUAUCAUGCCCAUCUUUGCAUGAAACGUUCCCUUCAUAUCUCCAAUUUUCUUGAAGAGAUCUCUGGUCCUCUUUAUUCUAUUGUUUUCUUCUAUUUCUUUGCACUGUUCAUUUAAGAAGGCAUUCUUAUUUUUUCUAGGUAUUCUCUGGAAUUCUGCAUUCAACUGGGUGUAUCUUUCUCUUUCUCCCUUGCCUUUCACUUCCCUUCUUUCCUCAGCUAUUUGCAAAGCUUCCUCAGACAGCCAUUUUGCUUUCUUGCCCUUCUUUUUCUUUGGGAUGGUUUUAGUUGCUACCUCUCGUACUGUAUAGAGCUUCUCCAUCUUUGGCUGCAGAGCACAUAGUCAAUCUGAUUUCUGGGUUGACGGUCUGGUGAUGUCCAUGUGUAGAGUCGUCUCUUGGGUUGUUGGAAAAGAGUGUUUGCUAUGACCAUUGUAUUAUCUUGACAGAAUUCUAUCAGCCUGUGCCCUGCUUCAUUUUGUACUCCAAGGCCAAACUUGCCUGUUAUUUUGGUUAUCUUUUGACUUCCUACUUCAGCAUUCCAAUCCCCAUGAUGAUAAGGACAUCAUUUUUUGGUGUUAAUUCUAUAAGGUGCUGCAGGCUUCAUAGAACCGGUCAAUUUCAUCUUCUUCAGCACCAGUGGUUGGGGCACACUAAUAUGGCUUGGUAAUUGGUGGUUUAUUAAGCCCUUUGAGUAUAACCAUGGGAAAUAAAAGGGUAUCUAGUACUUAACCAGCUGGUAUUUUACGCUAUUUCAUUUUAUAUAGUAUUGUAAACUGAGAGAAACUAUAAUAGCUGAGUUUCAUUUUGCAUUAACCCAUAUAAUAUUUGCUUAACCAUUAAAUAAGUACAAUUGGCUGGAUUCAUAUAACAUGCUAAGCAAACGACAUUGGGUUCCCAUAAUGCAUGAGGUUAAAACCAAACAAACUACAUUAGCUUAUUAUGCAAACAUGGUCAAUAGGUGUCCAUGUUGAUUUUAUACUGAUGAAAAUGCAGAGUGGCCAAUGAAGUCUAGGAACGUUCUAUAUGGAUAGGGAUAAGUUUAAUCAUUCCCCACAGCCGCUUCAUAGGAGGAAAAAUUAUUCCACAUUCUCUAGGAUGGGUUUGUAUGAUAAGGUAACCAACACAACUGUGCAGGUGGGGGCUAACUUUUAAAAAAACCAAACUUGGGAGAUAAUUGGACUUCCUUUCACAUGCAUGCUAGUGAUGCUGAUCUGAACCAGACUAUAUAUUCUUAUGCUAUAAUUUUUUUUAAAAAAGUUUUGAAGACAAAAGUCCUAGGAUCAUUCCAAAACAUAAAGCCAUCUCAGAAAUGUUUUUAGAGGAAAGCAAGCCAGAUUGUGCCUGGUAGAACACAGAGCAUUAGUAAUGCAAAAUCUAGAUCAAAAUCUCACUUAAUCCAGAAAGAGCUACACACACUGAAAAAGAGGUGCAAAGGGUACCCUGUAAGAUUUUGUUAGGUGUCAUUGAAAUAUCAUAGUGACAGUCACCCUGUACUAGAGUAGAAGUUUUAUAGCAGGGGUCCUGAAACUACGGCCCGCAGGCUGUAUACAGCCUGCCAAAGCCAUUAAUCCAGCCCGAGAGGGACCAUAAGGCUGCCCCACCCACAUUACCCCACCUAUCAGCCGGCCCCCACCUGCCUUCUGGAGGCAUAGGAGGCCAAAAAUGGGAUGCGUGGGGGCAUCAGGAGGCCAAAAAUGGGUGUGUUUUGAGGCAGCAGAGUGGUUCUGGAGGCUGAGGAGGCCAAAAAUGGGCCUGGUUUUCGUCUCCCCAGCCUCCAGAGACAGAGGGAGGGAGGGAGAGAGAGAGUUGUGCACACACAUACAAACAGUCAUCCCAGGCAGCCACAUCCCUUCACUAACCUGCUUUCCACCCCCAGAAGGAUAACAAAGUUUAAUUUGUGGGUAUUGUUUAAUAGACUGCUAAAUUGGCCACACCCACCCAAUCACAUGACCACCUAGCCACACUCACCUGGCUCGACCCCCCAAUAGUCUGAGGCACCGUGAAUUGGUUCCCUGUUUAAAAAGUUUGAGGACCCCUGUUUUAUAGAAUCAGUUAAGUGGUGCCAAUUAUCUGUCUAGUUAACCAAAGGAUUCUGGCAAAUAAGAUUGGAGAUGAGUUCUAUAGAGAAAAAUAGCCUUUCCAACAUUUCAAGCACUGUUUCAAUUUAUAAAAAUCUCUUGAUUUUCAUGGCACUCCUGUAACUUUCUAAAGAAUAAUGCAUAAAAUCCUAUCAGGUAGGAAAAAAAGUAGCCUAUUUGGACUCUGAUACAAUUUGUUACUUUUUGGUAGAAAAAUUAGUUGUAAUGAAAGAAUCUUAUUUCUAUAAAUAAAUAAGUUAUUUUACCUAUUAA